UAAGAAAUAGGGGGUUCAUGAUCUGCUUUUAUUUUUAUAUAUACUUUGAAAUUCAAGUAUAUAUAACUCGGGUGAAAAACUUUACAGCAUUGGAAUUUGUUGUUGUUGGUAUCUUAUGAUUCAUAUUAAUAUGUAAACAUUAAACCAUGUCCGGUUUGAGUGGAUUAUUAAAAAAAAUUGAUAAAUGCAUAGUUUGAUUCACCUGUCAAUUGUUAUGUCACAAAUAUUAAACUUAAAUCUAUCUAUUAAUAAGUUAAUUUCAUUUUUUUAAGGUCUGGUUAAUUAUGCUAUUACAACGAUGAGAAAUAUUACAUAGACGAUUCUACAGCCGACAAUUCUACCAUCAUAUGAAAAUGCACGUCUGACUGCAUCACUCCAAGUCGUCCUAUGAAAUCUAUGUUCGAUGAUACGCCAUGCAUCCUACUGAAGACCUCUUGUAAUUUUUUUCUCCAUAAUCUGCAUAUGCAUCACUCCGGGUAUAUUGGAAUUGGAUUUGAAUCAGAUUUCCGACAAUUUCCGGAGAAAAAUAAGCAUUUACUUAUUACAGAGAUGGAAGACCUAUCUCGUCUCUGGUACUGCAUGGUUCCACUCUGCAAGAACUCCGAAUCAUUCUCUUGAAGCGAGCCGUCCUAUGAGAUCCAUAUUCGAUGAUACGCCAUGCACCGUACUGAAGACCUCUUGUAACUUUUUUUUCCAUCAUCUGCAUAAUUUACGUUUUCUGGGGUUUGAACCCCAAACCUCCUAGUGUAUAAGCAUUAAUGAAACUUUAGUCAAACCACUAGAUUAAAGAGGCUUCCACAUUUUUCAUCUUUUCUUGUUAUUCUUUUCAGUAAACCAUAUAUAUAUAUAUAUAUAUUGAGAUAAAUUCAUCUGAAAAAAAAUAUAUAUAACAUAUACAGUUUUGUCGCACACAGUCAUUUCUAUCCCGGCGCAAAUGCUAAAUUAGUUAAAUGAACAUUUGCAGCAUUUCCAUCACCAUAACAUCACCUUAGUAUUCAUUCUUGCACCCGCUUAAUGUAUUAUUUUAUUUUAUUAACAUUUCUCUCCACAUUCACAUUCAGAUAUAAAACUUCUAUAUCAUAGGUACCCGUGGAAAAACAUUUAUGGGAUGAUUCUAUAAUUAAUCGAGUGAUUCUAAUACUAAAUUUGAGUUUAUAAUUUGUUAAGAAGAAUUACUUUAUUUUUUUAAUUUAAAUUUAAACUAUAUAAGAAACGUGCAAGGAUGAAAGGGGACACGAGAUCAAGAGGAAGACACCACUCACUCAGUAACUAAAAGCUUUCUUCUAAACGAAACUUACAAGUGACAUGUUCUCCUUAACUCUUCCAUUAUAUAUCCUCUCUCUAUGUGUCAUAGAAUUCAACCAAUGAGCAGAUAAAUAACAAUUUUUUUAAUGCUACAUAGUUUUAAAAUAAUGUGUAAAUACCUAGGUAGUAUACUGCUUAGAAUAAUAUAUCGUGUUAAUUAAGACGUUGUGAUUUCUUUUAAAAUUGAUGAUACAAAUGAAAAAUGAGAAUUGAUUUACUUUCUCAAUUCGUUUACUUAUGUUUUCAUACUUACUUAAGUCUAUAAUACUGAAAGUAUGUACUAAGGUCUACUGUAUUGUAUUAUAUGGUUACAUGCAGUCCAUGUUAUCCAGUCUACUCUUCCCUAAUCAUUGGGAAUAAGCAAUAAUUAGUGACUAUCAUUUCUAUGCUAAUUAUUAGCUACAUCCGACAUGAUGGAGACAUUGGAGAGUAGACUUUAUAUAAAAUAAAUACAGCAAUACGUAAUCGCCUUACUUCACAGAUUUAUUUCAUCUAAAAACUUUAUCAUCACCUUAAUUUAUACACAUGUCUUGAGAUAUAUAUGAUAGUUAUUACCAACUCUUUAGUUUUUGCAAUGCUAUAGUACAAAUCAGAAUUCUCGUGUUAAUUAAUAUAUAUAUAAUUGUUAUUGGUUGAUGAUCUGAAAAGUCUUGGAGGUGUGAUGAGCUGCAUUUGUUGAUUUCUUGUCACUUAGUAAUAUUCUUUACGUGAAAUGGGUGCUCUUCACAUCAUGCAGACAUGAACGAAUGAGCAUACUUCCAAUAUAAUACAAUACACAUGGCAACAUGUAUUAUUUUGGGAAGGGACUAAGCAACCAGUUCUUGUCCUGGCCUCCGAAAUUAGUCGGAUCUACGCCUCGGAUGACCCGGAUCAUCGAUAAGAACAUGUACCAUCUUAGUUUUUAAUACAAAGUUUUAUUACAAUUCACAAAUCAGACAAUUUUUUUUGGAACUCAAACAAGUUAAACAUUACGUUAACGAAUUUUGGGACAAAAUAUCAGUGGUUAAUAAUUAAUGAUUAUGCAUGUGAUUCUGAAAGAUAUAAAUUUAUAACCAAUAGAGUAUCACAUUACUGCGGUUCUUACGUAAAUUCAUAAUAGUAGUGACGAAUAAUUAUUUAAUCUACCGCAUUCAUAUACACACACACGUCGCUGAUGUUUCCCUACUUAAUUGAUUCAUAUGUUUGGUCUCAUGAAUUUACAUAUUUUGGAAUUAGUUUAACUAAGAGACUUGGUCAUUAAUUAAUAUUUGGUUAAUACUUACUUCCCCAAUCAUUGUCUCAACUCUCAAGUCUGGUUUGAUAAGUCGUCGUACUCUUACAACAUAUUGGUUGGAUUUUUAUUUUUUUGGUCUUUGGUGUAUGUCAUAAGAAAUUAAUAAGAGUGUAUUUGUUCGCUAAACCAACAUGUACAUACGUAGAGAUGCGUACGUAUACGUAUUAGAAAUAUAUACGUAUACACAUAUAUAUGCCAAAAAAAAUAAAAAAAUAAAAAAAUGAAAGAAGAUGGAGUGGAGUAAUGGUAGAGAAAGACCAAAGGGGGAGAGCCGUAGACUCCGUGACAGCCAGGCUUGCAGCCUUGCACUAUCAUUAAUUUACACAUUCGUUCACCAAAAGUGAUCUAGUUGCCUCUACUUACCAUUCUUUUUUAUAUAUUGUUUUCUUAAUGAAUGGCAGCAGAUCAUAUAACAAUAUUCAAACUAAGUUUCAUGAUACAUAUAGCUGUUGCAUGAAAUAUUUUUACUGGAUAUAAAUAGCAUGUUUAGUUAAAUUUUUUCGUUAUUUGUUAAUUGUAUGUCACCAAAAUGUCACAUUCUUUGUCAAUAACAAAAAGAAAAUGUUGAGUUUAAGGUUAGAAAGUUCGGUAACAUUUGUAUUUAGAAUCUAACCACAUGUAAUUAUCUCCACGUCAGAUUCUUUCGACAGGACUAAUCCAAUAAUAAGUUAUUAUACAGAGUAAAAGAAAGGGAUGUUGAAGAGACAAAUAAUACACAACUCAAGUAAUUGUCUAAAUUUACACUACUUUUGUUAUGUUUGGUGGUGUCUCUCCUCUCUCUCUAGCUCUUGUGAUGAGUUUGCCAAGUUGGGAAAAUUGUAAUAGGGACAAUUAGAGAAGUACUAAAAUUUAAGAGGCUGCAAAAAGACAAGUCCAACAUAUUCCACACACUUAGAGAAUGUGGUAUCUCUAUUUGACUCCUCUCCCUAAAUCACUCUCUAUUUAUGUAUGCAUUUCUUCAAUCCACACACCUAUAUCUCUCUUAACACACACAAACAUAUUUAUAUAUAUGCAAUCUUGAUCAUCUCUGUCUUCAUAUUCAAUUCUCUCUAGUUCAUCUUCUCUGUUUUGUUUCUUGAAACUCUCUAUAUCAGCCCAAUGGAAACAGCCGAGGAGGCGAUAUCGGCAGCUAAGGCGCAAGCCUUGAUCAUUAAAGGGAAGAGGACUAAGAGGCAGCGUCCUCAGUCCCCAAUCCCUUUCUCUAUUGUCGCUCCAAUGUCUUCUCAAGAACCGGAUGCCCAAGAAGAGUCCACUAGUCUUGUUGCCAAGGAGAAGAGUCUCAAUGAUGAGAUAAACUACAACAAUAAUAAGAAUGAUAACAACAUUUUGAGCAAUGGUGUGACAUCUUCAUCUUCAACUUCUUCAUGUUUCAACAAUGCGACAUUAAAGGCCGCGGCUGACGAAGAAGAUCAAGAUAUGGCUAACUGUUUGAUCCUCCUUGCCAAAGGUCACUCUCUUCCACACCACAACCACAAUCACAACCACCAACAACCACAAACAAGACAACUUAUGGUAAGUUAUCAAGAAUCCGGUAAUAACAACAGCAGCAAUGCUUAUAGAUCUAGCAGCAGGAGGUUUCUAGAGACAUCUUCAUCUAACGGGACCACGACAAGUGGAGGCAGAGCUGGUUACUAUGUUUACCAAUGCAAAACAUGUGACCGAACUUUUCCUUCUUUCCAAGCUCUUGGUGGCCAUAGAGCCAGCCACAAGAAGCCUAAAGCCGCUCCGGGUCUUCAUGAGCUCAAGAAGUCUAUCUACAACGACGCCGUUUCUCUUCAUCUCAACGACGUCCUCACCACAACUCCUAACAACAGUAGUAACCAUAGAUCGCUUGUGGUGUACGGUAAAGCGAAUAACAAUAAAGUCCAUGAAUGUGGAAUAUGUGGAGCCGAGUUCACGUCCGGACAAGCCUUAGGUGGUCACAUGAGACGCCAUAGAGGCGCAGGGGUAGCAGCCACAGCCACCCCAACCGCGACAUUAGCACUUCCGGCCAGUGCGGCUACUGCAAACACGGUUUUGUCAUUGUCGCCUAUGUCGUUCGAUCAGAUGUCUGACGGUCCGGUUUAUCCGGUUCAGGCUCCGGUUAAGAGAGCUAGGAGUGCGGUUGUGUCGUUGGAUUUAGAUCUGAAUCUACCAGCUCCUGAAGAUGAGAACCGGGUCAACGGAUUAAGUGUUGCUCCAAAGCAAGAACAUGAACAAGAACAUGGACAAACACAACGGAGAGAAGAACAAAAGUCUAUUGUUUUGUCUUCUGCUCCUACAUUGGUAGAUUGCUAUUACUGAAUCAAAAUUCAAUACCAAAAUUUGUUUAUUAAUUUGUAAAAAAAAAUAAAAUACGCAGAGAUUAAUGAACCAUUAAUUAAUUAAAAAAAAAUACUGAUUCCUUUGCUUGUACAAGAGUUGCAAGAUUCUUUUUUUUUUGUCUAAGUUGCAAGAUUCUU